GUCAACUCGCAGCAAUUAAUCGUACAGUGUGGCUACUCUUUAAAUGUUCCAGGAUAAUCACAAAUUGUUCCAAUUUUCAUAGGUUGUAAUAUUGAAAAUUCAUGUACUGUGCUGUGAAUUGAAUAUAUGUAAAGUAUAAUUAUUUAAAUUUUGAAAGAACUUGUGAAGUCAAAAUGCAUGAAACUAAUAGUGAUGCAUUCGUUUUCGGAAAUAUGUGUUAAAUACGUGCGUACGUCCCGCAAGUGAAAAAUUAUAGAUAAUAACGCAGAUUUUAAUACAAACUUAAAGUUGCUGCAAGUUUACAUAACAAUUUACUAUAAUCUUGGAAUUUAAUACUCCGGCAUUAAAUCAUGUAUGUUAGCAAAGUAUUCUUUCUUUGCUUACCGAUGGGAAGUUAUAUUCCAACGAUUUUAGUCGACUGAAAGUUGUCAGUGAAAACAGGGAACACCAACGAAACAUUGAGGUUGACACUAUUGCAUUGGAGCUCAUUAAAAAAUAAUGUACAACGUAAACACAAGCUUCAUAUAGAUUAAAGGGCCACUCAAAAAUGUUUGCUUGAAAUAUACUCGUAUUUUGUAUUUGAUAAUGAAUAUUGAUAUGAAUAUGGAGCCAGAACUUCCUGCAGUUACUCAUCAAAGUGAGGAUUUAACGAAAGGCGAACGAAUAGAAAAUUUAAAUAGUAAAAUGUAUUCGGACAUUAAAGAAAAGUUAAAUGAAGAAAUCGAUAUAUCAAAUAACGCAAUUGUUGUAGAGGAUGACCAAAGUUUGAAAUCUACUAGUAUAAAUACUACCGUAGAAAGUUCAGAAAUUCAAGAAGAAUCAGAUGAAACCAUUCUGUUGCCUGAACUAUUAAAUAAAAGCGGACAUAAAAGAAAACAUGAUGCUGAUGCUGAUGCUGAUGUUGAAGAAGUUUCGGAUUCCAAAAUGCCUACAACUGGUUCUCUUGAUGAUAAAAAAAUUGUGUAUUUACGGAAAAAUAUACGAGAUGUCAUGGAUGAAAAACAGCUGGAUUCCAAUACUUUGGUCGCACAGAGGGAGGAAUCGGAACGACUUGCUAGAGUUGCGGAGCAGCAAAAGGUUAUUCGUGAGUAUCAACGCCAAGCUGCUGCAAAUCGUCUUAAUAUGCGUACUCAAAAUCGUGUUUUAUCAUUAUUACAAUCUGGAAAUAACUCAACGAAAGCUUUUACUAAAACCGAUCGUUGUUUUAACAGAGAUAUAACAAACCUAAGACACAUUGCUUGUGAAAAUAAAUUGUCUAUGAAGCAGUCAGCAUUAAUAAAGAAGCCUUUUAAUAAUAUGUAUACUAGUAUAAAGAACGAAAUAAAACCGAAAACAUUUUUUGACUCAAUGACUAAAGAAUCUAACAAUCAGAUAAAACAAGAAGUUGUUACUAUAGAUAGUUCCUCAGAUGAAGAUGAUUGUAUUGUACUUUCGGACGAUGAAGAAAUAGUCGAAGAUGAAGUUGAGGAUGACCCUGCUAAUAGUGGCUUACAUGUUAAAGAUACAUAUAAUAUGCCGGAUGAGCAUGGAAGAGUUGUCGUUAACAUUGGACACCCGGAAGGUGAAGAAGAUAUUUUUGUUGCUCCUCAAAUCGCUAAGAAAAUUAAACCUCAUCAAAUUGGUGGAGUCAGAUUUUUAUUUGAUAAUAUUAUUGAAUCAACAAAGCGUUUUAAAAACUCUAGUGGUUUUGGUUGUAUACUUGCUCAUUCUAUGGGUCUAGGAAAAACAUUGCAAGUUAUAUGUUUUUGUGAUAUAUUCCUGCGACAUACGUCAUCUAAAAGUGUACUUUGUGUAAUGCCAAUCAACACAAUUCAAAAUUGGUUAUCAGAAUUUAAUACUUGGACUCCAAAAACCUCCGAUGACGAAGACGUUAUUCGAACUCGUCGAUUUGACGUUUUUGUACUUAACGAUUCACAAAAAACUUUAACUGCCCGCGCCAAAGUGAUUAUGAAAUGGGCAGAAGAAGGCGGCGUUUUAUUAAUAGGCUAUGAACUUUUCCGUUUACUAGCUCUAAAAUUAUUACCUACUCGCAAACGACGUGGGAAAAAUAUAAAAGCUGAAAAUUUACGUUCUGAAGCAAAUAUGCGCUUAAUGGAAAGUGUACAUCAAGCUUUAGUAAAACCAGGUCCUGACUUAGUUAUAUGUGACGAAGGUCAUCGAAUAAAAAAUUCGCACGCGGGAAUUUCGGUGGCUUUAAAACAAAUACGCACACGACGACGUAUUGUAUUAACCGGAUAUCCCCUACAAAAUAAUUUGCUUGAAUAUUGGUGCAUGGUCGACUUUGUACGUCCAAAUUAUUUAGGUUCACGUACUGAAUUUUGUAAUAUGUUUGAAAGGCCAAUACAAAAUGGACAAUGCAUUGAUUCAACACCACAAGAUAUUAAACUAAUGAGAUAUAGAGCGCAUGUUUUGCAUUCUCUACUUCUUGGUUUUGUACAACGUCGUUCGCAUCUCGUAUUGCAACAAACUCUACCGCAAAAAUUGGAAUACGUAAUUCUCACUAAAAUGACUUCCUUUCAGCGAGAACUCUAUAAUACAUUUAUGAAUGAUGUAGUUCGCAAAAAAACCAUACCAAAUCCAUUAAAAGCAUUCGCUGUGUGCUGUAAAAUAUGGAAUCAUCCAGACGUUUUGUAUAAUUUCCUAAAAAAAAGAGAGACAGAUUUAGAUUUAGAAAUAGAUGAUGCUGAGGGGAUAAGUGAAGCUACUCCACCAAAUCCAAAUGCAAACAAACUAGAAGCUACUAAUACACCACCAACAAACAAUCAUGAUAUCAAAGAUAAAAUUGUAGAAGACACAAAAUCGCAAGCUAUUGAAGCUAUUGAAACUUCUGAACAGCAAAGAAACUUAAAUGAGAGGUCAUUCAACACACAAAAUAAACCAAUUGCAGGCAAUUGCAAUGAAACAUCAAAUGAAAACAGUUUCAAUAAAAGUUUUUAUAAUAUGUAUAAUAAUUUAUCCUAUUCAACGAAUUGCACUGACAACAAUUAUUGGCAAGACACAAAUGUACCUUGUUUUAUUUAUCAACCAACUCCUAGUAAUGUUUAUUCAUCUAUGAAUCAAACUGAUUCAGACCAGCGUAGUGAAUUCAAGGAUACUGACAACAUAACAAGUUCAUCCGAAAUUUGUGAUUUAGAUACAAACGAAAUAAAAACAAUGAAAACAAAUAUGAUGAAAUUCGAACAUAAAUUGAAAACCCCAGUUUUCAAUCCAUUAGAGACACAGAAAAAUGAAGUAAUGGAAACAGAAAAAAUAACUCAAAAUAAAUUGCCUAAAAUUGAAGACGAGAACGCUCAAUCUGAUUUAAAAAAAAUUAUAUCUGAUGUACUACCUGAAAAAGAAAUGCAAAAAGUUAGACACGAGGAACCAAUACCAUAUGAAUGGGCCACAGAAUUAAUGAAAAAAUAUGAUCCAGGUUUAAUAAAAAACUCACCAAAAAUGGAAAUAGUUUUUUUUAUAUUAGAAAAAAGUAUAGCAGUGGGUGAUCGCGUUCUACUUUUUAGCCAAAGUUUGCUAACUCUCAACCUUUUAGAAUCUUUCCUAUGUAAGAAUCUGAUUCCUGGUAGUGAUACUUGUUGGUCUCGAAAUACUUCAUAUUUUCGACUUGAUGGUUCAACUUCAUCCCAAGAACGUGAAAAACUUGUUAAUGAAUUCAAUACCAAUUUGAAUGUUAAACUUUUUCUUAUAUCGACUAAAGCUGGAUCAUUAGGUAUUAAUCUGGUUGGUGCUAAUCGAGUGAUUGUGUUUGAUGCUAGUUGGAAUCCAUGUCAUGAUACACAAGCUGUUUAUAGGAUAUAUCGGUACGGACAACAAAAAUCCUGUUUUGUUUAUCGUAUAGUUAUGGAUAAAUGUUUGGAGAAAAAAAUUUACGACAGACAAAUUAAAAAACAAGGCAUGUCGGAUAGAGUUGUUGAUGAGUGUAAUCCAGAUGCACAUCUUUCUACUAAAGAUGUUACUAAUUUAUGUUAUGAUUAUGAGGAUGAAGAUAAGGAAAAGGAAAAAACUGAUAGUAUUACAAAAGAAGAGGUUGAACCUCUGUUAGAUGAUAUUAUGCAAGAAGUAGUUGAUAACUUCUCACACCAUCUUUCAAAAGUGCCAUUUUAUCAUGACAGCUUGCUUAUAGACCGUAAGGAAAAAAAAUUAUCGAAUGCAGAAAAAAGGCAAGCUCAUCGUGGGUAUGAGAUGGAGAAAAAAGCAUCCACCAAACAAAAUAUUAACUUUGGUAGUAAUAUAAAAUAUCAUAUUGGUACUCAUAAUGGUGCAAUUAUCUCUAGGCCAGUAGCAUCGAUACGUCCAAUGCAAGCAGCUAAAAGCACUCCUGUACGAAAAGCACCAGGUAUUAGAACUACUCGUUGGAUACCGGCUGAGGUGUGGCAAAGACAAGGCAUGACUGCUCAGGAAAUGACUCUUCCAUUAGAUGUUGUUAUCCCAACAAACUCAUCGGAUAAAGCAAAUAUCAUACUUAAGGCUGGGCAGCGUGUUAUGGUUCUUAAAUCGGUUAAAGGUAUAUAUAUGCAACUAGAAAGUGGUAAAAUAAUUGCUAUACGCACAUCAAAUAAGGCAAAUGAAGUAAAAAAAUUAGAUAAAGAUGAAGUUAUUGAUAUUACGUCAGAAGGUGACGUUGCGGAAACCACUUCAUCAUCCAAUAAUCUCAAAAGUGAAAAAUCACACACAGCUUCCCUACUUUCAAAUAAAAUUGAACCUAAAAGUAAUGGCGAAAAUUUUGAAUCAGGGAAAAAGUUACAUGAUAUUAAGAAAGAUAAAGAACCUCAAAAUAAGAAUAUUGGUUCUGGCGGUAAUAUAUCUAACAAAAUUAGUUCAAUAAAAUCAAAUCCAAAAGAUAAUAGUGAAACAUCUUCAAAUUUAACAAAAUAUCCAAGCUUAAAUAAUGGAAUAAGAGAUAAUUCUGUUCCAAGUAACUCGAAUACUUAUACACGUAAUUCUAUCUUUCAUAAUGAAAGAACAAAUGAAACAGAAACAUGUUAUAAUAAUUAUAUCAAUGAGACUAAGGAUUUAUAUGAAAAACCUUCUAUAAGCAGUGUCAGAAAUAGUUUAAAAGUAGUUGAGAAACCAACUAAAACAAUAACAGAUGAAGAUGAAAACAGUUCCGAUUUUGCACAUGGCAAUAGAGAAACAUUUAUUCAAAGUAAAAGCAGUAUGUCUAAUGCGCCGAUAAAAGCUAAUAAUUCAUACGAUAAUAUUUCAGAUCAUAAUAAUGGAUUGGAUUCUUUAUUGAAAGCUAAUCAAACAAAUUCCACAAAUAUUACCCAAAAUUCUAUGGGUGCCAAUGCUAAUGCCAAUUUAGGAAAAACAGUAGAGGAAUCUCAGAAUUAUAGUACGGAAUAUACUGGUAAAAAAUCAACAAUUCAGCAACAGAGUACAACUGAAAACAUGAAUAUGAAUCAAAUUGCACAAUAUCCAAUGAAUCAAGAAGAGUCGCAUCAGAACCAAAAAUUGGAAACUUAUGUGCCGCCUUAUAAUCAGUACAAUAAUUCCACAGUUCCGCAGCCAAUCGCAUCACAACCGUAUAAUAUGGAGAGUCAUACAACAAAUAAUAUGUACCAUGCCAAUCAAAAUAUAAAUUAUCAUCAGUAUUAUGAAAAUAUGUACGAAAAUAAUAAUGCACAAGCACCAUGCGAUUAUUCUACACAAUUUGUUGAUAAUUCAUAUAAUCCUUAUAAUAAUGCGCAAUAUCAACCAAACUUUCAUACAAAUACAUAUGGUAGUAACACUGCAAAUCCUUAUCAUCCGCAUCAUUGGCCAUCACUUGUACCAUCAGCUCCUACAAAUAUUCAACGAAGUGCAAUGUAUCCUUCCACAUACUCCCAGUUUGGAUCUCCUGACCAAUGGCAUCAUUAGUAUUAUUUUUGAGUUAUUCACUGAAACAUAUUUUUUAUAUAUUUAAUUAGUUUUUAUAAUAAAUUUCAGAUAAAAUCCAUUGAUUACAUUGUUUAAAUGAAAUCCAUAUCAUUAUUUACUAAAGUAUUUUUAAUUACAGAAACUGUUUAGAG